UUUACGAACAAAUAACGGCGCGUUAAGUUAAAGUUGUGUUGUAUUAUUAAAUACAAGUAAAUUAAACAUAAAAGAAAACAAAAAAAAAAAAACAGUGUUUAUUUAAUGCAAUAAUACUUUACAAUAACAGAAAGUGCAGUUGAAUGAAUAAUAUUUAUAACAACAUAAAUAAAGUAAAUAAAAACCACAAAACACUAAAUAAAAAAUAAGAAAAAGUGCAAGCUUAUGUUUAAAACAAAAAAAAAAUAAAGGAAGUGCAGCAGCCAUUUAAAUAAAUAAAUAGGAAAGAAAUACAACUCAACUCAAAACUUCUAAAGAAUAAUUAAAAAGUGAUAGAUAUUUAAAGGAAAUCCAACUAAUUCAAAGAAUUAUAGGAUAAUUUAAGAAAAUCUAAGGAAAAAGACCCCCCUUUGAGUUGUUAAAUUGUUUCCAUUUUGUUAAUGGUGCGUUUUUUUCUCUCAUUAGAUUUUUUUGUUGUUGUUUUGAAUCAAAACUACAUUUUUUUUGUGCUUCUAUGCAUGAGAGUAGUUCCCCAACAGUGUGAGAGAGUUGCUUAAAUGAAAUUGUUAGUGUAAAGUUUAUGCUGCAAACCUACAGAGCAAACGAAAUAUCAAAAAAAAAACCGGUUACUUGGCUAUAAGCUGCUCCUCUAAACAAAAAAUAAAACAACAUUAAAUUUAAACAAAAAUACCAGCAACAACAAUUUUAUGUUGUAUGUUUUCGCCUUUCGUCUACAAAAACAACGAUCAUAACAACAGUACUAGCAACAACAACAACGAAAACGAAUAUAUUUUUUUGGUUUUAUUUUCUUGUUCAUAAAUUCCAUUAAGCCAAACAAACAAACAAACGAACGAAUCCCGAACCAUCUAAACAAAAAGAAACAAACAAAAAACCAAAAACAACAACCACCACAGCAAUUAUAUUUAAAAAAAAACAACAUAUUCAAUUUAUGUAAAAAUACAACAACAUUGUAAAGUGUUUACAAAAAUAACAAAAACAACAACAAAAAAUACUAGUGUGUAUUUGGCCCUUACGGCCAAAGUAACAAAAACAAAACUUGUAAAAGCAGAAAAUUUAACAUUUACAAAAACAAAAAAAAACUCCAAAAAGAAGAAGAAGCGUUAAAAACCAACUACGGUAUUUUAGAAAUUUUGUUUAAAUUUAUAAUAUUGUUUUACAACAAGUGUUUUUACAUAAAGAAAUUACUUUUAAAAAAAGUUAAGCAUCAGUUUUUGUUAAAAAAAACCAGAUAAACAGAUUUUAUUUUGUUUGGUUUCAUUCUUUUCUAAUAAUUCAUUUGUUGUGGAUUUAAGUUCAACCAUAUUUUGCUGAGAGCCAGUCAUUUGUUGUUGGCUAUUAUAUCAACAGGCGUUGUUUUAAUUAAUAUGUAGAAGACACGUUUUUUCCAUUUAAUAAUUAAUAAAUAAUACCGGUAAUAAAAUAGGAUUCUCUUGGCAAUUCUUAUGAUACUUUUCCAAUUGACUGAGAUGUGCAACAAUAAAAGUUCUGUGGAAAAUCUGAAAACAGCAUUAAUUUGUUAAAUAUACUUCUGCUAACGCUUUACUUAUACAAAAUUAUUAUGUGUGUAAUAAUAACUAUUACAACAUUUAAUUGUAACAACAAACACACACAUUUAUUAUAAACCAAGAAAACAAAUAAAGAAGUGUGAACCGCUCACAAAAAAAAUCUCCAAAACAAAACCCAGUACAAAAUAAUAAAACAAAAAUAAUAUUCAAAAAUGGAUACAACAAAUUUAGCCGCACAGGAAACCAUGUCCAAAGAUGAAGUAGAUUUUGUUAAAGUCGCCCAUAAUAACAACAAUCAUAAUCUUAAUAACAAUGUAAAUGUAAAUAAUGUAACAAACAAAGUGCCAAAAACACCAAUUAAUCACAACCAACCGCAGCACAGCAGCAGCAAAACGCCAAAGGAACGUUUAACAAUAUUUGGAUUUAGUAAAAAAUCCAAAUCCCUGGAUGAACACAAAUUGAAAAAAGACAACAAGACACAGGAAAAAGAAAAGGAAGCUAACACAGAUUCUGGAUUCCCCUGCCAGCCCACACCGGUGCCCAUAGGUACACCGCCACGUCACAAUAAAUUCGUUAAAAGCUCAUCGAUAUCACGUUUGCUGGGCAACACCUACAAUGCCAAAAAGUUCGAUAAGGACGAGAAGAAAAUGUCAGCGGGUAAAUUUAAUACUUAUGGCGGCCGACGUCGUACGAGUGGUCCCUAUUUGGAACGAUUUAAACGUUAUGCCAAAGAUGAUGCCGAUGUGACAGCAGCGUCUGUCGUAUUAAUCGAAAAGACGACGUCAACAACGUCAAGUGCAUGUGGUUCGGAUAAGCAGGAUGAAAUGUGGACUUUGGAACAUUUUCAUGAAUCACGCAGCGAUGAUUUGGGUUCAAAGGCUAUGCGUACGUUAUCGAGAGGUCUGGGUAAACUGUGGUGGAAACGUACACAUAGUGUGGAUAUAAGUUUGCCGGAUCCUGAAUUUAAGGUGUCAUAUUUGGGCAACGUUUUGACGGGAUGGGCGAAGGGCGAAGGUUGUGUGGAAAAGCAGUUAAACACAUUGUGGCGCAAUUACACACAAAACAACAAGCCCGAUGUGAUAAUGCGCCUGAAAGUAUGUGCCUCUGGUUUGAAAGCCACAACCAGACAACACGGACUAACGGAAUAUUGGGCCAAUCGUAUCACACAUUGCUGUGCACCAAAGAACUAUCCCAGAGUCUUCUGUUGGAUCUAUCGCCAUGAGGGCCGUAAACUAAAACACGAGCUGAGAUGUCAUGCGGUGUUGUGUAGUAAAGAGAAGCAAGUGCAAGAAAUCUGUGAUACUUUAAAGGCCAAUCUUGAGUGUGCUCUGCGUGAAUUUAAACGUGAGAAAAUUCUCAAACAGAAUGCUCGCUUAAGUCUUGCAAACGCCGUCUACGAUAAUCCCAGUUUACCGCGGCGAAAGAUCUUGCUAAGUGUGGGCAGCAAUAACUAUCGCCCGCCUUUGGAGAGAUCCAAAUCGGCACCCAAAUUAAUGGCCAUAGAAGAGGCUAUUGGGGAGGAGGGUGAGGAAGUCGAAGAAACCAAUGAACCUGAAAUGAAACCAUGCUGUCAAAAGGACUCUCUUUAUCCGGCCAUGACUUUAGGCAGAAGACGUUGUCGCCGCGGCCAUUCUAUACGUAGAACGGGUAAAUUAAGACCUGUCAGUUGUGGCUCCUCGGACAGUCCCUGUUGUGGCAAACUACAACAGCAGCAGUCUUUAAUUGAAACCAAAGAUUUAAAAGAACCAGAGAAGGCGAAAAAACAGGGAGACACCAAUUAUGGCUCCGAUGAUUCGGAUGAUUUUGAGAAGAUAUUAAAACACAAUGAUUACGAUACCAAUGCUUCCCUGACCAAUGAAUUGUUGCCCUAUUUCGAGAGACAGCUAAACAAAAACAUCAGCAAUAGCUGCGGCAGCCUGAGUGACCUUAAAGAUGAGGAAAGCGGAGUACAUGAAGAGGAACCUUUAAGUUUAUUGCCCUGCAUAAACAAUGAUCCCAAUGCUGAUCCUCUCAAUGAUUUCAAUCCCAAUCAUUUGAUUGAAAAUCCCGAAGAAGAUCCAGAACAAAUGGUUACCCUGAGACGGGCCGGCGUAAGCAGUGAUGGUGAAGAUGAUUUUUUGGGUGAAGAAGAGGAUGAUAUGUAUUUCCGACAGGCGGCUAUUUUAACUAUGUUGCAUCGCCAUUCUAUGCGUAAAAUGGCCAAUCUUUCUUUAAGCAGUGAUGAGGGCAGCAGUAGCUUGGAAACCAACUCCAGUGGUGUAAUGGAACAUCGUUAUAAACAUCAGUUACAGUCUUCUAUAUCUUCUGAAGCCUCCUCGGCUUCUUCCACACCCCAACAUGCGGCUAACAAGCGUAUUAGCGCCGACAGUGCCGAUGAGGGUUCCAUUUCAAGCGGUUGUGAAACUGCCAGCACGGUCACCAAUAAUCAAGAUGAUUUGUCUUUAAAAUACAGACAAACCCUACAACAAUACCACAAUGAAGCGGAACACGAUUUAGAGCAGCCCUCUUCUUUGGACUCGCCAUCCUUAACCACUGACGAAAUCUUUGAACGUUUACAAAAUCGCAAUAACAGUGAUGCAGCCACUACUUUCAGCAGUUCCAGUUCUAUAACGCUCAAAAUGAGCUCUUCCCCCACUAACUCUCUAAGUGGCCUUAAUUUACCGGAGGAUAGUCCCAAGCUAUCACCCUCUAACAGCACCAUAUCAAUCAAUAAUAGCCAGCGACCCAGACGUUCGAGACGGCAGCGUGAUGUCAAGCUAGACUCGGAUUCAGAGUGCAGCGAUGAAUCGGGUUAUGUGGAGUAUCAGGAGAGAGAGAAGUGUACGAAUAAUAAGUUAGAACAACCAAAGCCUCAAUUACCUACAAAGCCUCAAAUACCACCAAAACCUAUGCCCCGAAGAUUUAUCAAUAUACACAAUAAUACAACAGCAACAAUACCCACAACAACAACGGUUUAGGGUGAUGUUUCCAACGGCAGUAGAAAAAAAAUAUUGUUGAACUUUUGUUUGGCAAAAACAAAUUAUAAAGAUGUUAAAGAGUACCCGGGAAAAUGUUUUAGAACGAACUACUUUAGAUUCUUUAAUGACAGCUUUACUUCUGGAACCAGUUCUGUGGAACGCUAUUGUGGUUCUACGCAUAUAUUCCAAAACCUUUCUCGUGACAGUUUCAAACAAAAAUCACUUACGGAAGAACUAGUUCUUGAACUGUUUCUAAGAAUGUGUGUCUGCCUGCUAGUUCAGAGGCUGACAAUUUCAAACAAAAAUCAUGGAUUAAAGAACUGGUUCCAGCUAGCUCCGCAAUACAUCUUUAGAAUCAGGUUCUGGAGAUGACAAUUUCAAACAAAAAUCAUUGAUCCCAACGCCAAACAAUAACGAGUACUGGCUAUAUAUUAGUUGUGGAACUAAUAUCAUUUUUCCUGGGUAGUAACUUUUUUAAAUUCAAAAUUAUGUGAUUUUUAUAUUAAAUUUUCAAGGUUAUAAAACCUUACAAUUUCUCAAAUCUUUUACAAUCUAUUACAAUUCAUUUUGCAUAAACUUUUUAGCUUGUUAUUCUUUAGAAAUGUUGUCAUAAAUACGAUUUUAUUUAGGGGAAAACCAACAAAUAUUUGUUUU